CGCGAUAAACAUGUCUUCUAAAUAUCUCCGAAAAUUUCUGAGUUAAAAUCAGAUUUACUGAGUAUCCUAGUGUAGUGUAGCUGUGAUUCCGUGAAGAAGAAGCCACAACAAUAUCUCUCCUACCAGAUGCACAGGAUCUUUCGAGACUAGCACGACGCAUCUUGCAGUAAUCGGCGCUUAAAGUGGACACCCCAUUGUUCCGGUUGAAAACUUUACGACAUCAACGUCCCCAUACCAAGAUCAUAGUAUUAUGCUGGGAUCCAUCUAACAACCGACUAUGAGAACCAGAGGAGUAUCUACUGAACAAGCAGCCGCAAAUGAAGACGAAACUGAGGUGAAUAAAACCGACCUAGAACGACAUGACAGUAAGUCAAAAAGGGGUUUUAAAUCCCGCGAGAAGUCAAACGAGAAGUCAUCAAAACUUGAAAAAUUGAAAAAAAUCAUCUCACCAAAACUGAUUUUAGAGAAGACCCAGAGCGCAGGCGGCGCGAAAUCUACAGCUGGUAAGCAUACUUCUAUUCAACAUAAUUGUGACAGAUGUGAUAUCCCGAAUUCAAAUCUUCUAGGGUGUGAAUUUUGCGAUCUCUGGCUUUGCAACUCUUGUGAAAAUCUCAACAAAAACGAUCUUGCCCUACUCACUGCAUCAACCAACCAAACCCACUGGUACUGUCAUGAAUGUGAACCCCAGGUCAAAUAUAUUCUGGCACAAUCAAAAGCAGGUAUCGUUGAAGUUGCAAAAUCGGUUGCUCAUUCCCUACAAUCCAUCAAAAAAGAUCAAACCCAGGCAAAGAAGAGCCUGGACUCAGUCUCCACCAAAGUGAACCACCUCCAGGGGUUGUACGAGAAUGUAAUCCAAAAAGUUGAAACAUUCAGUGAUUCACUCAAAGAGAUAAAUCUUGGAAAAGGAUCAGUAGAAAAAUCAUUAAAAGAAGUUACCCAGCUUAGCAAAUCCUUUUCAGCAGUAGUACAAAAUUCUGAAAACAAAAUCUAUCCCAA